AACCAGAGAGGCGAGGGAAGAGGCAGUGAGCAGCAGACCACUCCUUGACUGACACCAGCAUGGGCUCCUUCUCCACCAUCACCACGAGCUUCCUCCUCCUUCUGGUGCUGCAGCUCCCAGGGCAAACCAGCGCUAACCCCCUGUACAGUUCCGUGUCCAACGCCGACCUGAUGGAUUUCAAGAAUUUGCUGGACCAUUUGGAGGACAAGAUGCCUUUAGAAGAUGAGGUUGUGCCCCCACAAGUCCUAAGUGAGCAGAAUGAGGAAGCUGAGGCAGCCCUCAGCCCUCUCCCUGAGGUGCCUCCCUGGACCGGAGAGGUUAGCCCAGCCCAGAGAGAUGGCGGCACCCUUGGGCGGGGCCCCUGGGACUCCUCCGAUAGAUCUGCUCUCCUGAAAAACAAGCUGAGGGCACUGCUUGCUGCCCCUCGGAGUCUGCGAAGGUCCAGCUGCUUUGGGGGCAGGAUGGACAGGAUCGGAGCCCAGAGUGGACUCGGCUGCAACAGCUUCCGGUACCGAAGAUAA